GUGGGACUUUUGCUCUUUAUUCGUUACUUUGUCGACAUGCUAAGAUAAACACAAUUCCAAACCAACAUCGAACUGAUGAGGAGUUGACAACUUACAGCCGUAGCACAUUCCAUGAGCAUUCAUUUGCUGCAAAAACAAAAAGAUGGUUGGAGGCAUAUCCGUUCAGGAAGAAUGCACUUCUUAUUCUUGUAGUUGUUGGCACUUGCAUGGUAAUCGGCGAUGGAAUUCUGACUCCUGCCAUUUCAGUUCUUUCAGCUUCUGGUGGGAUCAAGGUGGACCAUCCGAAGAUGAGUAACGAUGUAGUUGUGGUUGUUGCUGUCAUUAUAUUAGUUGGUUUGUUUAGCUUACAACAUUAUGGCACAGACAGAGUGGGUUGGCUGUUUGCGCCAGUUGUGCUGCUUUGGUUUCUCUUAGUAGGAGGUAUUGGCAUCUAUAAUAUCUGGAAAUAUGAUAGCUCUGUUUUGCGGGCUUUUUCUCCGGUUUACAUAUAUCGGUAUUUUAGAAGGCGAAAAAGUGAAGGUUGGACAUCACUGGGAGGGAUCAUGCUCAGCAUUACAGGAACAGAGGCACUUUUUGCUGAUCUUGCUCAUUUUCCAGUGUCAGCAAUACAACUUGCUUUCACGGUCGUUUGUUUCCCAUGCCUUCUUCUAGCUUAUUCUGGACAAGCAGCAUACCUCAUGCAAAAUAAGGAUCAUGUUGUUGAUGCAUUCUAUCGAUCUAUUCCAGAAAGCAUAUACUGGCCAGUUUUUGUGAUUGCAACUCUAGCUGCUAUUGUUGCAAGUCAAGCUACCAUAUCUGCAACGUUUUCCAUAAUCAAGCAAGCUCUAGCACUUGGCUGUUUUCCGAGAGUCAAGGUUGUACAUACAUCGAAGAAGUUCUUAGGGCAGAUAUAUAUUCCUGAUAUAAAUUGGAUCCUUAUGGUUCUUUGCAUUGCCGUUACUGCUGGAUUUAAAAAUCAAAGCCAAAUAGGCAAUGCUUACGGAACAGCAGUCGUGAUAGUCAUGCUGGUGACGACACUCCUCAUGACUUUGAUAAUGUUACUAGUUUGGCACUGCCAUUGGGUUGUUGUUCUUAUCUUCACUGUCUUAUCUCUGGUGGUUGAAUGUACCUACUUCUCUGCAGUAUUGUUUAAGCUUGACCAGGGUGGUUGGGUUCCUCUUGUGAUUGCUGCAGCUUUUCUUCUGAUCAUGUAUGUAUGGCAUUAUGGAACAGUGAAACGUUAUGAAUUUGAGAUGCACAGCAAGGUAUCUAUGGCAUGGAUUCUUGGACUUGGCCCCAGUUUAGGAUUGGUACGUGUGCCAGGAAUUGGACUUGUGUACACCGAACUAGCUAGUGGAGUGCCACACAUCUUUUCUCACUUCAUUACCAACCUACCUGCUAUACACUCAGUUAUGGUAUUUGUCUGUGUAAAGUAUCUUCCUGUUUACACAGUUCCAGAAGAUGAGAGAUUCCUUGUGAAACGGAUAGGACCAAAGAAUUUUCACAUGUUUCGAUGUGUUGCAAGGUACGGUUACAAAGACCUCCAUAAGAAGGAUGACGACUUUGAGAAAAAACUCUUUGAUAACCUCUUUAUGUUUGUUCGACUGGAGUCCAUGAUGGAUGGUUGCUCCGACUCUGAUGAAUACAGCUUAUACGGACAGCAAACACAACAUUCGAGAGAUAACGGGAGCUCUUCUACUGCAAAUAUUGAGCUCAGUUAUUCAUCAAUGGACUCGAUAGCCCCUGUCAAAUCUCAUCCUCAGGGAAACAACACAAUCACAUCCUCAGGACAUGAGAGCGGACAGACAGAAGUUGAUGAAAUGGAAUUCUUAAAUAAUUGUAGAGAUGCUGGUGUUGUACACAUACUUGGGAACACUGUAAUAAGAGCAAGAAGGGAAUCCAGGUUUUAUAAGAAACUAGCUAUAGACUAUAUAUAUGCAUUUCUUAGGAAAAUAUGCAGGGAAAAUAGUGUCAUCUUCAAUAUACCUCACGAGAGCCUCUUGAAUGUUGGACAGAUCUUCUUUGUGUAAAUUUAUUUGACGAUCAAUUCGAAAUAUUAUGGAUUUUGUUCAGAGUCUGUCAUCUGAUCUCACGCAUCAAAUGAUUAUCAAAUAUGUAUAUAACUUUUUUCAUGAUA